AUGUCCAAAAACACUCCUUCUUCUCCUCUUCCCAUUAUUUUGCGAGGACACAUUUCCGAAGUAACUGCUGUUCAAUUUUAUAAACAUGCACCAUCGGAAACAUCACGAUUAUUAUUAUUUAGUGGUGAUUUGAAAGGACAUUUAAAUAUUUUUAGUAUGGAGACUCGGAGAGUGAAACAUUCUUUUCAAAAGUAUCACCAACAUUCAAUUCUGGGGUUCUAUCAACCAAAAGAAGAUCAACAUGUUCUAUUUUCACAAGGCAGAGAAGGAUGUAUCAAACGUUUGGAUCUAAAUCAUCUCUCCACUACGGGUGGAGGCAGUUGUUCAAACAAUGAUGACACCCAAAAUAAUAAUCACGGACAAAGCUGGAAUUUCAAUUCUAUAUUUUCGUUUUGUAAAUUUACACCAUUUCUCUAUCAUAAUAAUGCAAUGUCGUUUUUUGUGCCAAGUGAAAAGGACCAUACCUUACUUAUUGAUUGUCGAAUGAGUGCUGACGAUUGUAGCAAAUUCUCAAUUGCGCCUCCCACACAAGUUUACGACAAACCAUUUGGAAUGCUCACAAGCAUGAUGUGUAUUGAGAAUUCUUCAUACCUGUUAUGUGCAUACGAAGCAGGGAUUAUUGUGGAAUUUGAUGUUAGAAAAUUGAGUAGUAAUUUUUCUUCAUCAACAAUGACAAGCGACAACAAUGAAUACAUUCAGGUGAGAAGUAUAUAUGAUGUCAAUACUCCUCAUGAACCAACCAUCUGUAUGAAUUAUCAAUCGGUACUCGACGAAAUUUUAAUCGGUACGGCAGGAAACUCCAUGAGCGUUCUUGCUCGGCGACCUCGGCAUGGCAUUGACAUUAAAGAGGAAGCAAAUCUUGAUGGCACCUGCAAAAUUAAGCAUUCCUUCUCAAUGACCUCUGCUGGAAUUAAUGAUAUUUGUUGCAUGAACGAGCAGCAGUCUUAUGGAUUGGAUGGCAUUGCUAACGGAAACAAUAAGGAUGAGAAGAAGUGUUCUUCGCUCAUGUCUCGUUUGGCAUUUGCAGGAUGUUGGGAUGGUAACAUUCGAGUGUUUGAUUUGAGAAAGAAAAAGAAACUUGCAGUAUACAAAUAUCACGAAGAAAGCAUUCGAUCUCUUGACUGUAUUGAACAUUCAAGUGGGUCAUCCUUCGACUUCAAUCAAGGCAGCAACGAGGUCAAUUCGCACUCUUGUAACAGAAACAAUAUUCUUCUUGCUGCUGGAUCGAAAGAUUCGAAAAUUUCUAUUUGGAAUGUUGAUUUUGAGGUGAAAAAGUGA